AUGGAUGACAAGAAGCUGGAGGCUCAGGUGAAGUCGUCUGCCGAUGGGGACGUGUCGGCCGGGGAGACAAGGGUGCUCUCCAAAGACGAGCAGCACCUCGCGAAGCUGGGGUAUAAGCAAGAAUUCUUCCGCCACCUCGGGCUCUUCGAGAGCUGGGCCGCGACGUACAUCACGAUGAACUUUGUCUCGGGCCUGCCGGUGCUCUUUGGCUUCGCCAUGUACACGGGCGGGCCCAAGGCCGCGUUCGCAAAUUGGACUAUGGUCGGGGGGCUGUCCUUCUUCGUCUCCCUGGCCAUGGCCGAGAUCGCGGCAGCCUUUCCGACGGCAGGCGGCAUUUAUUUCUGGAGUUACCGCCUCGGGGGCAGGAGGUACGGCCGCCUGCUGAGCUGGAUGACGGCGUGGUGGAACUGGGUGGGCUGGAUCUGCGUCGUCCCCGGCGUGCAGCAGGGGGCGACCAACUUCCUGCUCAGCGCCCUCGAGGUCAAGUACCCGGGCUCCUCCGUCAUCAGGCAGGGCUGGUUCUCGUGGCUGGUCACGGCCCUGGGCCUGGUGCUCGCGAUGCUGCCCAACAUCGUCUCGCCGAGGGUGCUGCAGCUCUACUUCCGCUUCGCCUUGUUCAUCUUCUGCGGCCUGUUUGCGUUCUACUGGAUCUGGUUCCCGAUCAAGGCUGCUGGGAGGUUCCAGUCGGGCAGUGAGGUCUUCAACAAGUUCUAUAACGGGAUAAAUCUUGGCCCGGAGAAGCAUGCUUCUGAUGCGUAUGCUUGGACGGUUGGGAUCCUGUUCGGGGCGUGGGAUUUCUCCGGGUACGAUGCCUCAGCUCAUCUGGCCGAGGAGACGAACCAAGCGACUGAUAACGUUGCCACUGGCAUGUGGGCAGGGACCCUCUUCUCGGCAAGCUACCCCAACAACUGGGCCGAGUACCUAGUGCAGCUGAUCGGCGCGGACGGCGCCGCGGCCUUCCUGGUCCUCCUGUGGCUCGACUCGACCUGCGCCACGGCCAGCUGCUUCAUGUCGGCGCAGCGCGUGACCUUUGCCAUCUCGCGCGACGGCGUGCUGCCCUUCUCGCGGUACUUCCGCCGGCUCAGCAGCAGCCGGGUCCCCGUGCACGCCGCGCUGCUCGUCUUCGUCCUCGGCGUCGCCAUCACGUGCGCCGUCAUCGGGUCCACCGUCGCCUUCAGUGCGAUUACUGCUACCGCGACCAUCGUGACCAACGUCUCGUACCUGAUCCCUAUCGCCGCGCGCCACACGAUUGGGAGGCGUGACUUCCAGCCCGCCCGGUUCAACCUCGGGAGGUACAGUCCUUUUGUAGGGGCCAUCUCGGCGUUCUACAUUGUGCUUAUUUUCGUGGUGCUUACCCUUCCUCAGCUAUAUCCAGUCACGGCGGUAAGAACCAUCUUGAGAGGAUUAUAUGGCCCAGUAAAGACCAUGGCAACGGAAGGCUGA